AUGAGAAGCAGCUCCCUCUGCCCGCGGCGGCUCAUUGGGCCGGGGCGCUGGACGUGGUUGGAGAAGCUGCCGCAGGAGGAGCAGGACUUGGAGCUGCGUUUGCCCAGAGGCAGCACCUUUCCUCCGGGGAACAUGCCCGCCCACCGGACUCGCAAUCUGUCACGAUACCCCCCACUGGCCGGGGACGGAAAUGAGGACGACGGUCCACCGCCGCCACCGCCCCCAGGAGAAGGACAAGAAGCAAGUGGCAACACACAGAUAGGCUCUCAGCUCAAGUUUCCGCUCCACUGA